AUAACACGCACAUAGUUAUUAUGUUAAGUAUAUAUAACACAAAUCUUUAAAUUUUCUUUAGAACAUACUUCAAUAAAAAUGAACUUUUUUUUUGUUACAUUGUGCCUGUUUAGUGCUGUUGUUUUAAGCAUAGGCAAAAAAAACCUAACACCAAAAACUCAAGAAUCACAUGAGCCAGCAGAAACUUCUCAAGGAACACAUGAGCCAGCAAAAACUUCUCAAGGAACACAUGAGCCAGCAAAAACUUCUCAAGGAACACAUGAGCCAGCAAAAACUUCUCAAGGAACACAUGAGCCAGCAAAAACUUCUCAAGGAACACAUGAGCCAGCAAAAACUUCUCAAGAAACACAUGAGCCAGCAGAAACUUCUCAAGGAACACAUGAGCCAGCAAAAGUUUCUCAAGAAACACAUGAGCCAGCAGAAACUUCCGAAGGAACACAUGAGCCAGCAAAAAUUUCUCAAGAAACACAUGAGCCAGCAGAAACUUCUCAAGAAUCACAUGAGCCAGCAGAAACUUCUCAAGGAACACAUGAGCCAGCAAAAGUUUCUCAAGAAACACAUGAGCCAGCAGAAACUUCCGAAGGAACAGAUGAGCUAGCAGAAAAAACUCAAAGAACAGAUGAGCUAGCAGAAAAAAUUCAAAGCAAAAAAAACCUAACACCAAAAACUCAAGAUACAGAUGAGCCAGCAGAAACAACUCAAGUUGACAAUACCAAAAACAAUACAAAGAAGUCUCCAGUUAAAGACCCAAAAAACAAUAAAUGGAAAUCUAAAGGCAGGGGUACAAAAGAAAAAAAAGUAAAAUCCCAAGGUAAAGAUCAUGAGCUUAAAGAUUUAAAUAAAAAAAAUGAUGAUAAAGAAAAUUUAAUGGCAGAUUUGAAACGAGAUACAGAUGAUGAUGAUUCAAGUGGUUUAAAUAAAAAAAUUGAUGAAAAUGAAAGUUUUUUAAAGGCAGAUACUAAACAUGAGACAAUUAUGCAGAUAUUAAAUUCUGAACAAAAAACAAAAAGCAAUAGUGCAAAUUCUGGUUAUGAUUCUUCUAGUAGCUUUCCAUUGAUUUUUAUGGUUUCAUUUGUUAUCAUUGUUGGUGGUUAUUUCUUGUAUCAUAAAAAAUCUAAGAUAUUAGGUUUUCUACUAGAGGGAGCUCCUUCAUCUGCACGACGUAAGGCUGGAUACAAAAAAGUUAGAAAUGUGGAAGAUGUUAUGUCUGGAGUUAGUAAACACGAUGCUUGAAUGCGGUUUUAUACUUAUGCAUUUGUUAGAACAUCGUAUUUUCAGUUAAAAUCUAUAAAUAGUUUUAACCUCAGCAGGUGAUUGCAAUUAAUCAAAAGCGGAAGAAAUAUAAACUUUUUGUAUUGUUUCUUGAUACUUUUUUUAAAUGUUUUAAAAUCUGGUAUUCCUUAAUGAAAGUGAUAACUUGUUUUGGAUGUGUUUUUUUCUUAUUUUAAUGUUUUAUUUUAUUAAAUUUUUAUUUUGAUGUACUUUAAAUAAUUUUGAAAAAGCUUAAAAAUUUUAUUUCGUCUCUAGUCUUUUAUAAAACAUGUUUAUAAAUAUAGAAUAUAGUUUGGAAAUAGUUUUACUAAUGUUGGUUUAUUAGGUUUUUUCUUUUUUUAACCUUAAAUUUUUUCAUUUUUUAAACAUUUUUUGUUAAAAAAUUUAUUACUAUGA